AUGCCAGAGGGAGUGCCCCCGGCUCGAGGCGCCGGCAGGGCUCGAGGCCGAGGGACGAGAGGCAGAGGAAGGGGAGCUGCCAGCAGUGCCACACCAACCGCCGAGGGACCAGCAUCGAAUUCGACGCCAUCUUCAGCACUGGGAACAUUUUCGGUAACCGCUGCGCCUUCGAGAACCGCAACACCCAACCCUCCCGCGUCGCGGGGCACUUCAGUCAGCAGAUUUCGCCCCAGAGUGGUGCGCAGAGACGAGGCGGCGCGUGAUGCAAUUGCAAGACAAGAACUGGAGAAAGACAAUGCGAGGGCAAAGGCAGAAGCUCGUGCGCAAGCCCGCUCCCGGGGUCGCAGUCGGCGGGCUCGCGGUGAUGCCAUGGGUAGAGGUGGUUUCAUGUCGCGAGCCGCGGUUGCCAGUGGCCCGUUCUCACAAAUGAAUAUGGAGGGAGGCGGUAGAUCCGGCGGAGGAUGGGGCGGUGGUGGUGGAGCAGGAGGAGGAGGCGGCGGAGGGUUCUUCGGUGGCGGCGGCGGCGGCCGAAAGAGAGAAGGCGGAGCCUUUGGAGAGGCUUCGGGCCAUCGCGAAGCACGAAUCAAUGCCGAUAGACUCGCUGGAUACCCGGUCGACCGCGAACCCGACUCUGACGACGAAGAGACGGCGGCCCUCAUCGGCGCCAAGCCUGGUAAUAUCUGGCCCAUGGGCAUUGCCCGCAUCGAUAAGAAAGAGGAGAAGAAGACAAUUGCAACCUCGGCCGAACUCGAGGCAGAAGAACAGGGGAAGGCUGAAGAGAGCCUCUUCGUUGAAGGAGAAGAUUGGUCUGGUGCUAUUCCGCAGGUGGAAGACGAGACCAAAGUCUGGCAUGCGGCACCCAAGGGUGUGGUUCAGGUCAAGGCAGAGCCUGGUGGUGAACCAGGUACCAUGGAAAUUGCACCAGUCGAUUUCAACGCCCACGUCAAAUCCGCGACCCCCGAUGUCGAGGAGGAGAAGGUCACCCCAGAACCGAAGACGAAAAAGCCGAUGGCCGAUCCUGAGGUGGAAAUGAUCACACACGAUAUGGAGCUUCUGCUGGGCGAAUUAGGCACCGUCUCCGACGAAAAUUCAAAAGCACCCGAAGCAGACGUUCCGAGCAAGGACGGACGGCUGUACCUCUUCCAAUUUCCGCCCCUGCUUCCACCUCUGCACCCUGCGACUGCUCCCAAGGUCAAGCCAGAACCCGACGACGUUGUCAUGCUCGACCAGCCAGGCGAAGCGGUCGAUCUUACCUUGACGGAUGAGAGUGCUCAACCUAAGACUGAAGAAGCUGAAAUUGACCUUACGGAUAUCAACCAGCUGGUCUCCCAAGCUGGUAUGAUGGGAAAACUCAAGGUCCGUAAGUCAGGAAAGGUCGAGCUGGACUGGGGCGGACGAACACUAGAACUCAGCCCAGCUGCGGGCAUGAACUUCUUGACAACAGCAGUGAUUGUGGAGGAGUCGGACGAAAAGGCGAAGCAAGGUAUUGCCGGUGGCGACAGUAUCGGCAUGGGGAAGAUCAUGGGCCGAUUUGUUCUCGCGCCGACUUGGGGAGACGAGGAAGAGUGGGCCGUUGACCCAGACGAUCUUCUCGUUCCCGAAGCGUAG